UAAUCCAUUCAAUUAAAAUAAAAAAACAUUAUUCUGCCCCCUUCCCAAUAUUGAAAUUACCACAUAAAAGGGCCAAAAAAAAUCCCAGCAAAAAACGAACACAAAUUUGUGGCUGAAACAGCUCGAAAUAUCCAGUAUGGUGAUCUCUUCAAAAUAGCAAAACUGAGUAUCUGGGUUUGAUUAUUGGGUUGUUCUUCCUGUAAAUGCAACUUUGGGAAUCUUGGAUUUCUCACAUCUUUGCAUGCAUGGGAGCAGAGGUUGUCUUGGAUGCUGUACCAGGCCUCAACUAAUUACCGCUGUGGAUGAGCCAUCAAAAGGAUUGAAAAUACAAGGCCGAACAGUAAAAAAGUCAAGCCGUCGGAAAGAAACUUGGAGCAGUGGCACAUAUGAAAUGGACAAUAGUGCAAUUCAGUCACAGAGAAGCGUUUCAUCUAUGAGCACUUCUAAUCAGAACGUUGAUCCCCAUGGUGGUAGUGGAAGCACAAGCAAUCCUUCUGAAUUCGUAAAUAAUGGCCUCCUUCUCUGGAACCAACUAAGGCAGCAGUGGGUUGGCGAUAGAAAGUCUCGAAACCAGCCAAAAAUGCGUGAACCCAAGUUAAAUUGGAAUGCCACGUAUGAGACUCUACUUGGGACAAAUAAGCCAUUUCCUCAACAAAUUCCUCUGCCUGAAAUGGUUGAUUUUCUUGUUGAUGUCUGGGAACAAGAAGGCUUGUAUGAUUGAACAUUACCAAAAUCUUGAAAAUUGAUGAGUCUUCCGCUUAGCAUCUCCGCGUGUUAUGUUGUAAAGGUUUGGUGCCGAAAGUUGAUUAGUAGCAAAGCUUUAUUCUGAUCACCUCUAGUCGGCCCUCUAGACCACAAAUAAUUCUCAACACUCUUCUGUUUUCCUUCUUCAACUCAGAAAACUUUCAAACUUUUCAAAAAAAAGAAAAAAUUACCUUCAAUUCUUAAUCUCCUGGGUAAUGGAUAUCUGCAUGAUUAGUGGGUAAUGGGUAUCUUUGACUUGAGAUUAUUGAAUUAGCGUAAUUGAUGGAAGUUUGCAAUCAUACCGAAACAUGUUCUGCGUAACAGAAAAUUUCAUUGUAAUGUUUUGUUAACAGAAAAUUAAUUUUAUUAAUGGUUUCGUUCCUAUUAUUUUCGUGUUUAUACAAAGAUGUAUAGUUGUUCUACCCUGCCCCUGAUUGUAAUUUACUUAAGCAUUCAUUAAUGAUGAUGGAUUACACUUGUU